CCUGCCAGUGGUUAAAUGUACAUGAGAUAUGACAAAAUUCUCCACAGAAACAUGAGUAAAGAUCAGCACUGAUCGGCACAGUUUCCAUAUUUAGAAGUUCCUCAAGUCCUAGAGCCACUCCCCCACCUCCUUUAGAAGAAAGAUCUCUGUCAUGUAGCUCCACCAGCUCUCUUGCUCAGUAACCAGAAAAUGCUUUUUCUCACAAUUCUGCUGUUUUCCUACUCUCAAAUGUCUCAGCAGAUACAGAAAACUACUGCAAAUGGCAAAGAGAUGCUGUCCAAUCCCAAGCUUGUAGUGGUUCAGGGGACUUUGAACGUGGUGAUGAAGCAGAAUGUGACCCUCUCCUGCCUCUCUCAGCCUGGAUCUCCACCUGUCAGAUACACACUGUUCAAGCACAACCAGCAGGUAUCUGCUUUGAACAGGUCAGACUUGAGCCCUGCACUGUUCCCCCUGACCAUCAGCUCUGCCAGCGAUGUGGGGGAAUACAAGUGCAAAGCUGAGUUUAACAACUCCAGUGGUGGAAAAUACAGCAACAGCCUCAACUUCACCCUCAUAGAGCCAAUUUCCAAACCAGUGCUGAGCUCACCCACCUCUCAGGCAAAGAAAGGCCAGAACGUGACCCUGUCCUGUUUCUCGGAGAACGGAUCCCUUCCCAUCACAUAUCUGUUCUUCAAAGGAAAACAAAACAUUUCUCCCCAAAAGACGAUGCAGAAGAGGGAAGCAGCUGUGAUUUUUCUAUUUAUCGAUUCCCUUAGUGACUUUGGAACCUAUAAAUGCAAAGCUAAUAACAGUUUUCCCAACAAUACAAAAUACAGCAACGGUUUCAACUUUACAUUAGCAGAAGAGAGAAGCCAUUCUCAACCCCUGAUAAUUUCUCUUGGGCUGAUCCUGCUACUACUCAUAAUAGGAUUUGCUCUGGCAAUUCCAUUUUUCAUAAUUCCUUUGUAUAAAGCAAAAAAGUUUAAGUCUACCAGGCCCUCAAUUGGCCUUACUUCAACAGUGUAUGCAGAGGACUCUGAAAAUGAAGUCAUAUACUCAGAGAUUGAGCCUGUUAAAGCAGAAGAAGAAUACAUCAACUUUCCUGUUAUUAGGAGAGAAGAGGAAAAAGCAGGGAAGAGGGCAUGUUCUACAGUCUAUUCAAAGGUCCUCAUCAGAGACUGAGUACCAGGUAACCUGGAAGAGCCAGAUUUGACAGAAAACAGAUGCACCACCAAGUUUGAGCAGAACUGUUUGCAGAGA